AUGACUGACAGUAAAAUAGAUGCUUUACAAAAUUAUUAUGGCUUGGCAGUUAGAGAAAACCUUGAUGAUGUUGGUAAAAUGGCGAAGUCCAUAGAAGCAUCUCUUUACCAUGUUGCGUCAACUGCUGAGAAUCCACAGCAUCAUGUGGAUAUAAGAGAGAUAAGGAGGGAUAUAAACAUAAAAAUGGAAUCCCAAGCUGUAUUGUUGACUUGA